AUGACAUGCAGGCGAGUAUACUACAGGAAUAAAGAACAAAAGAGCAAGCACCCAGAGAUUCCAGCUCCUGCUCCUAGUGUUUCAUCACCAAAGAACAUAUCUUUGCCUCUACAGUCUAUUGGAGGAAGUCAUUCCUGUUGCCUUGUGUGUAAACGGCGAGGACCUAAACUGAUUGUAGUCUCGGAGACAGUUCGAUUUAACUUUUUUGUCCAUUAUAAUUCUCUAAUACCACCAGGAUCAAGAUGUUGUCCAGUCCACAUUGACAGUGAUUCUUUUACAGAGGAGGCUUCAAAUCACAUGAAUAACUUCAGAAAGCAAACAGACGUCAACAGAAGUGAUAUUAUGCAUCUACUACAGAAAAUCAGGGAAAACUUAGUGCAAACUGGCAAUGAGAGAAUAAACUUUGACAGAUCAAUGAGUGAUUCUGAUGUAAGGAAUUUGACAGGACUGGAUAAAGUGUCAUUUCAAAAUCUGCUUUCUUAUUUAACUGUAGUUCGUGACACACCAGUUAGAAGCAAAAGAACAUGCUUAGGAUUUUUUCUCACAAAAAUGAAAACUGGAAUGUCUAACAAGCUUUUAUCAACCAUAUUCAAUAUUUCAAAGGAUUCUAUAAGACGAGCCAUAUCAUCAGUCAGAAAAAACUUGAGACAGACAUUUGUUCCUUCUAACAUUGGUUUCCAUCAUGUCACACGAGAACAAGUUAUCCAAGACCAUACCCGUCCGUUAGCCCAAACUCUUUUUGGAGAGCACUGUUUGCCAGCAAUUCUUGUCAUAGAUGGUACCUACCUUUACAUACAGAAAAGCAACCAGUUCUCCUUUCAGAGGAGGUCAUAUAGUCUACAUAAACACAGACCUCUAAUAGAAGCCAUGGUUUUUGUUACAACUACAGGGUAUUUUGUGCGUGUAAUGGGUCCCUAUUUGGCUGACAAUAGUAACAAUGAUGCAAAAAUCAUGCAGCAUAUCUUUGCUACUGACUCAGAAGAAAUACGACAAUGGAUGCAGGACGGAGAUGUCUUCAUAGUGGAUCGUGGUUUUCGCGAUUCCAUUACUACAUUGGAUGACAUUGGAAUCAGAACAGAAAUGCCUUCAUUUUUAGAAAAAGGCCAAAAGCAAUUAUCUACAGAAAACAGCAACACAUCUCGUCUCGUUACAAAAAUACGCUGGGUCGUAGAAUCAGCAAAUAGCAGGAUAAAAUCAUGGAAAUACUUUGAAAAAGUUAUUCCAAACACGCAAAUUCCAUUCAUUGCUGAUUAUAUACAAAUUAUAUGUGGACUGUGCAAUAAGUACUUGCCACCCUUGAGCAGUGGUUCACAAGAAGAAGAUGAAGCUGUUGGCUGCAAGAUGUUGCACUUGGCAAAAGAAAGCAAUGUUCUGAAGACACGAGUUGAAAAUGAGGGACUGGAUAAAGAUUGGACACAGUACCUAAAGGAUGCUAAGAACUUAUCUGAACCUGAAACUUCAGAUGAAAGUGAUGAGAAUGUUGAAGAAUGA